AUGGAGGAGGAGGCGUACCUCGAGUUCUACCUGGACCGCUGCGCCGCUGUCCAGGAUGACCUUGCCCUGCCCAUGUCUCCUCUGUUCAACUCAGCCAUACCUUAUGAUGUGUAUGGAGCCAAUCCACCCAAUCCAGGAAAUGAAUUUAACUCACAUCUUAGAGAAACCAAAGAACCAUCCAGUGAUUUCUCAUCUGUGGAUCUUAGCUUCCUACCAGAUGAACUCACCCAAGCAAACAAAGACCAGACAACUGUGGAAUGCAAACAAGAAGUUGAGGAAAAUUGCAAAAUCCCAAGUCCACAAAAUGGGCUACCAUUGCCCAGUGAAGAGGAUGCUGGGCCAGGCUUAAAUGGCAGCAGUCUGUCAAGUGAUGCUGACUGGGCCCAACCCUCUGCAGAGAAACAAAACUCUGAUGAUGCCUCUCUUCUGGCCUCCAUAUCUCCGAUGGCUCCAAUGAACCCUGUGUCCGAAAGUUCUGGAAUUGUACCUCAACUACAGAACAUAGUUUCCACUGUAAAUCUGGCUUGUAAAUUGGAUUUGAAGAAAAUAGCUUUGCAUGCCAAAAAUGCAGAAUAUAACCCAAAGAGGUUUGCUGCUGUGAUAAUGAGGAUCCGAGAACCUAGGACAACAGCCCUCAUAUUUAGUUCUGGGAAAAUGGUCUGCACCGGAGCCAAAAGCGAAGAGCAGUCUCGACUUGCAGCAAGAAAGUACGCUCGUGUGGUGCAGAAGCUUGGGUUUCCUGCCAGGUUCCUUGACUUCAAAAUUCAGAACAUGGUUGGAAGCUGUGAUGUGAGAUUUCCCAUCAGGCUGGAGGGUUUAGUUCUAACCCAUCGGCAGUUCAGCAGUUAUGAACCUGAACUAUUUCCUGGCCUUAUUUAUAGAAUGGUAAAGCCACGAAUUGUGUUGCUUAUCUUUGUAUCUGGAAAAGUUGUGUUGACAGGUGCCAAAGAGCGUUCUGAGAUCUAUGAAGCAUUUGAAAACAUCUACCCUAUUCUAAAAGGCCUGAGCAAGCCAGGUGCUGAUGGCUGA